AUGGCUGUAGCACGCUGGUGGUAUGAUUCUAAUCUGCCUUUCAAUGCGGCUCAAUCCAAGUUUUAUCAACCAGCUAUCGAUGCCAUGACUGCUAUCAGGCCAGGAUUUAAGGGCCCUUCUUUAUAUGAGUUGAGAGGAAAUUUGUUAAAGAUGGCUAUGAAUGAGGUUCAAGAUUAUUUGCAACAAAUUAAGAAGGUUUGGAAUGACACCGGUUGUACACUAAUGGCAGGUGGUUGGACAAAUCAGAAGCAACAAUCAAUAAUCAACUUUUUAGUUUAUUUUCCGAAAGGUACAAUGUUCUUGAAGUCUGUUGAUACAUCUGGCCUUAGAAAAGAUGCUGAAACAUUGUUUAAUAUCUUUGAUGAGGUUGUUCAAGAAAUUGGAGCUGAGAAUCUUGUGCAGUUCAUAACGGACAAUGAUGCAAGUUAUAAAGCUGCAGGAAAAAAGUUACAGCAGAAGUAUGGCUCUUUCUAUUGGUCCCCUUGUGCAGCUCAUUGCAUAGACUUGAUGUUGGAGAAUUUUUCUAAUCCAAGAUAUUUUCCCCUUAUUGAUGAUACUAUAAAAAAGGCAAAAAAGAUAACAAAGUUCAUCUAUAACCAUGGUUGGGUUUUGGCAUUGAUGAGACAAGAGUUCACCAAAGGUCAUGAUUUGUGUCGUCCUGCAAUUACAAGGUUUGCGACAAAUUUUUUAAGUAUCCAAUGGUUGCUCUUGUUUAAGAAAGAACUGAGACAAAUAUUUACUUGUGAUAAAUGGAUUGCAUCAAGCCAUUCUAAAAGUAUCAUAGGGAAAGAGAUAGCUGGGAUUGUUUUAGAAGAUAAAGAGUUUUGGGCUCAAUGUCAAUUUAUUGUUAAAAUUAGUGAGCCUUUGGUUCGUGUUCUACGACUUGUUGACGGGGAUGAGAAGCCUGCAAUGGGAUACUUGUAUGAUGCAAUGGAAAGAGCCAAAGAGAACAUAAAAGCAAGAUGCUUCAGCAGUUGUGUUAUGAAGAUGGCACUUGAUCCUGAUGAUCAAGAAAAGAUCAUUGAAGAACUUGACUCGUAUAAUAAUGCAGUAGGUGAGUUUGGACAUGCUUUAGCAAUCCGCCAGCGUGAUAAGCUUAAUCCAGUUGCAUGGUGGACCCAAUUUGGUUGCGAGGUUCCAACGCUUCAAAGGUUUGCUAUUCGAGUACUAAGUCAAUGUUGUAGUGCAACUGGAUGUGAGAGAAACUGGAGUACAUUUGAUUUUAUUCAUUCGAAGAAGAGAAAUAGAUUAGUACAUAAACGUUUGAAUGACUUAGUAUUUGUUCGUUAUAACUUGAAGCUGCGAGAGAGGAGCAUAAAAAAGGGAAGAGAUGCUUUAAAUCCAAUCAAUCUUGAAAAUAUUGGCUUGAUGGAAGAAUGGGUGAGUGAAGAAUCUGAGUUUCUUGAUGGAGAAGAUUUGGAUUGGGCAAGUAUUGAGGAGCCAUUAAUCUCACUAAAUGAGGAAGACGUUGAUAAUGUUGGUGUUGAUGUUGAUGAUGGUGGUGCUGUCCUAUUGGAGUCCCAGGGGUCAUCUUGA